CCCAGUCAUUAAUCCAUCUGCUACUAUUGAUCCGUUGGCGACAGGAUCACGUGCACAGGGCAGUAGUGGGUAUCAGUGAAAUGUCAUUCCAUCAAACAAACUUAGAAGUAGCAGCGAAAAAUUGAUCUUUAUGGGAGCUUUAUUUUUUCAUAGCAAAGCAUUGCAACAUUGUAAAGCCUGAUCAAGAAACAAAAAAUCAAACUUGGGCGGAUGACAUCAGCAUUCAAAUGCGGUGUUUAAAAAAUACCAAUUGGUUGUCUCAACGUUUUCAACAAUGGUCGGUUUGCGCUGCCGUUGCCGAAGAACGGAAAAGAGAUAACAAACGCGGCUUCCAUGGCGACCAGCGUAGAACAACAGACGGCUCAUCUGUUUAAAGAGCUCGAGAGAACGUCGCAAGAGUAUGAUGAUGAACGCAGCUUGGAGAUUUGCGACCAACUGGUGAAACUAAGUCCCGACGAUCCACUCGCACUCCAAUGCAAGGUGGUGGCGUUUAUUCGACUUGAAAAGUAUACAGAAGCAUUGUCACUUAUUGCACGCAAGUUUCGCGACAGUCAAGUUGACUUGAGCUUUGAAAAAAUAUACUGUUACUAUCGCACCAACCAACUGCGACAAGCGAUCGACUUGUUAAGCGAAGUCAAGCAUCGUCACACCGACAAUCUGGCGUUGGCAUUCUUGGAAGCUCAAAUUCUUUAUGCACAAGACCGCUACAAGGAAGCCAUUGAAGCCUACGAGGUGUUAUUGGAUAAAACCGACAAACGGGAUCGUUUGUACGAUGAAAUUCAAGUCAACUUGUUGGCCGCCAAAGCUAGCUUGAAAUUCACGCAACUGGACUUGGAGGAUAUGGAAACCGUCAAUGUUGGUUCUUCCAACAGUGGGCUUUAUGAAAUGGCUUACAAUGCAGCCUCUGUCCAUCUCGCCAAUGGCGAUCUCAAAAAGGCCAAGGAACAACUGGAGACGGCUCGAAGCCACUGCAGCGAGAAAAUGACCGAGGCAGGCAUGAGUCGCGAAGAGAUUGACGAGGAAUUGGCAGCGAUUGCUGCUCAGUUGGCUUACACUUAUCAGCUGCAAGGCCGCACAGACGAAGCCACGGAAAUCUACGAAUCUGUCCUGAGCUCCAGUGCAAAUGACGCCAAUGUGAAAGCCGUAGUCUCCAACAACAUUGCCGCCAUCCGUCAAACCAACGAUUUGUUUGAUGUCGCCAAAAAGUUAAAGACUGCUACUGGAAAGGAAGCAGACACCAAAUUGAGACGUUAUCAAAAGAGAGUCAUCGCUGGCAAUGAAGCUUUGUUGCAACUGUAUCAGAGCAAGUAUGCAGCUUGUCGAGAUGCGGCUCAGAAAUUGCUUGACAAGUAUCCCAACGACGACAAGCUGUAUUUGAUUUUGGCCGCUGCCACUUACCACCAGCAUAAGGCUGAAGCCGCUGUGGAUGAGUUGAAAAAGUACGCUGAAAAGAACCCAGCCUCCUUGGCUAUCCGUUUUGCCACGAUUCAACUGCAAUUGCUUUCUUCACAACCGGCGGCCGCUUUAACCGUGCUGACGUCGUACUUGACCCAUGUGGGCGAAGAUAAUAAGAAGGACUUUUAUCAGCCUGCGGUGGUGGCCCUGCUUGUAUGGUUGUAUGAACAAACGGGACAAUCGGAAAAAGCCAUGGAAACCCUCGAUAAGGCAUCUUUGUACUGGAAGACCGAUAAAGCCUUGGCGUUCACCACCUCCACUUCCAUUUUGAAGCAAACCGCUACUUUCAAAUUGAAAUCGGGCCGUUACCAGGAUGCUGUGUCCGAUUUCGAACAAUUGGUAAAAGCGGAUCCUACGGAUUUACAGUCGUUGGCAGGUUUAAUUGCCGUGUACGCAGAGGUGGAUCCUGUCAAGGCGGAGCAAUACGGCGAAGCCUUGCCGGGCAUUGCUAUGGAUCACGUCGAUGUGGACACCCUAGAACGUAUUGUGCCGGGUGUGAAACGUGGUUACGUUAAGAAGGAACAUAAGAGUGGCGUUGUGAAGAAACCCAAAGAGAAGAAAAAGAGAAAGCCUUUACUGCCAAAGAAGAAUUACGACCCCAAUCAAACCCCCGAUCCGGAGCGAUGGCUUCCUGCGAGAGAACGAUCCACAUAUCGUGUCAAGGGCAAAAACAAAAAGGCAGCAAACAAGGGUCCUCAAGGUGCGGCUGUAUCGGGUGGCGGUAUCGGUGGUACAGGAAGUGCCAAGAUUGCUGGUCGACAUUCACCCGUCGUGGAAACCCCUGAGGAAAAGCCAGCAACACAAACACCGCCCGCCAGCACUCCCGCCAAGAGUUCGACAUCCAGCAAAAAGAAAAAGAAGGGCAAAGGCAAAUCAAAAUGGUAAUCAAAAAAACCACCGUCAAUCAAUUUGUCGCUCUUUCAUGCGAACCUAUGCUGCUAUUUUGUCUUUUUUUUUAUACACCUAAUGAUUCAAUUUCAUUUCAAAAUCAAGUCAUAUACAAAGGAAAAA